ACCCCCACCCAUCUCUCGCUGGCAGAUCUCGCCAACCAUGGCCGACGGCGGCGGCGGUCCAUGGCUGCAGUGGUACGGGCCGAGCGCGGGCAUGGUGCUGGUGCAGCUGUUCUCCGCGCUGGUGGACGUGGCGCUCAAGACGGCGGGCAGGCUGGGCAUGCGCCCCAUCGUCUUCGUUACCUACCGCCAGGGGAUCGCCGCCGCCACGCUCCUCCUCGCCUCGCUCGCCGCCAGGGGGUGCACGCUGCGGCCCAUGGCCGUCGGCGCCCGGGCCUUCGCGCUCGUCUUCGCGGUAUCCCUAGCCAGCACGACGGGGCAGUACUUCUACCUGCAGGGGCUGCUCCUGGCCUCGCCGUCCAUGGCCAGGGCCACCACCAACCUCGCCCCCGGCAUCACCUUCGCUAUCGCGGCUGUCAUCGGGUUAGAGAAGGUGGAUAUCAGAAGCUUGAGAAGCGUCGCCAAGGUCGUCGGCACCGCCAUCUGCCUCGCCGGAGCGGUGUUCAUGGCGUUCUUCAAGGGUCCUAAGCUCCUCGGCGUGGUUUUGGUCUCGGCGACCGGUGACUGGGUGAAAGGAGGGAUCUAUCUUGUCGGAAAUGCUGUCUGCGUCUCCAUCUGCUAUAUCCUCCAGGUGCCUAUCUGCAAAUCGUACCUUGAUCCGCUAUCUCUAGCGACCUGGAUGUGCUUCCUAGCGACCUUGCAGUGUGCGGCCAUGGCCUUCUUCCUGGAGCCAAACUACUUGCAAAUUUGGAAGCUCAACUCGUUCUGGGAGUUCCCCUGCAUCUUGUACGGAGGAGUGUUUGGCUCCGGCAUAAACUUUUUCCUCCAAUCCUGGUGCAUAUCUGUGAAAGGCCCCCUUUACAGCGCAAUCUUUACGCCCCUGAGUGCAGUGAUCACAACAAUAUUAUCUACACUCUUCUUGCAUGAAGAACUCCAUAUUGGAAGCAUAUUAGGAGCUAUUACUAUCAUUGUCGGCUUGUAUGUGGUGCUGUGGGGCAAAGCUGAUGACGUGAAGAGAGAGAGUCCGGCAAUCAAUUCUAGUGGUUCGAAAGGGGGAGUAGAUUCAGACUCUAUCGGUGUUAGGGUACAGUCUCAGACCAAUCUUUCUGAACCGUUGUUAUCUGACAAUGGUAAUAGUAGUACUCAUACAUGCUAGUUUUUUUUUCGUUUUUCUUUCUAGCGUAAGGCUAAUUUUAUAUAUUUCACGGAGACACGGGAGAAAUGCGUACCAUUUUUGGAAUUAUAGUAAUAAUUGGGACGUUUCAUGCUAAUAAUGUCAGCUUUCCAAAGGAGUUAA